UCCACAAGACAUCUCAUCGGAUGGUAGAUGUGGUCCUGACGUUAAUACUAGAUGUGAAAAUGAAUGCUGUUCUCAAUGGGGUUAUUGCGGCAGUACAACUGACUUUUGUGAUCUGAAUCAAGGAUGCCAACAAGAUUAUGGUACCUGUGGCCAAAUCUCAAAUAACAAUACAGGUACAGGUACAGGUCCAUGCGGUCCUGACACGAAUAAUAUAUGUGGCGGUAAUACAUGUUGUUCUCAAUGGGGUUAUUGUGGUACUACACCUGAAUUUUGUGAUCCAGAUCAAGGAUGUCAAAGUGAUUAUGGUUUUUGUGGCAUUUCAAAUAACAGUGAUGUCAAUAAUGAUAACGUACAAGUUAUCUACACUUGCCAAAGUCCUAAUACUCUAGCUUUAACCUUUGAUGAUGGACCACGCUCUUGGACGAAUGACUUGCUCGAUAAGCUAGAUGAAAAUGGCGUAAAAGCUACAUUCUUUGUCAAUGGGCACAACGCGGAUGCGUAUUGUAUCUAUGAUUUCGCAGAAAUUUUACAACGAGCUUACUCUUCAGGUCACUUAAUCGCCCAUCACACGUGGUCUCAUCCAUACUUGACGGGUGUCAGUGCUGACGAAGUAAACUAUCAAAUAGAAUUCUUAAAUGAAGCAUUUAAGAAAAUUCUUGGAGUUACACCAAGAUAUUUCCGGCCUCCGUACGGCGAUGGUGUUAAUAAUGCCAACGUAAGAUCAGCUAUGGUGGCAAACGGAAUGGAUAAAAUGGUAAUAUGGGAUGUGGAUACUCAGGAUUCUAUUGAAGGAGUCACUGAGCCACAGAGUGAAGCAACAUUUUCUGAUGAGACUAGUGAUCAACAACCACAUAUCGUGAUAAAUCAUGAUAGGAUUCAAACUACAUGUGAGCAAUUGGCAGCUUUUGAAAUUUCUCAUGCAUUUGACAAUGGGUAUCAGCUUGAUACGGUAGCAGGGUGUAAUGGAGAUGGGGACUCAAGUAAUUGGUAUAAUAUUGAUACCGGAUCAUUUGGUAUGAGGGACGAAACUUGGACAUGUAAUUCUGAUGAUAUGCAUGAAUCAUAUAACACGUCACCUCAGUAA